UUUAAUGCUUAAAAUCCUGUCCACACUACUUAUUGCACUCAUGAAUUACCUCUUCUGCUUUGUAUGUUGUCUGUUGAUCAGUCAAUGACCUGAAUCAUGUGUUUUUUAACAAUUGCUUGCCUCAGGCUCAGUAAACUUUAGUGAAUAUUUACUUCGACUUCGUCUUGGUAAAUCUUCACUAUUAUGAAGAUCUAGAAGUGUCGAGUGUCGUGGACGUCCUCACUACUAUUAUGUUUGUUCUUGUGCUUAUAUGGUUGUAAAAACCAGUCUUUACGUUAGUCUUUUCCACGUUUCACGUAACCAGGGCACAGUGGGGCUAGGGGUGGGGGAAGGGGGGCUUGAGGGACGGGAGGGUCAGAACCUCACGACUUCCGCCCUUUUCCGUCCUGCUCCCGUCCCCUGUAAAUUAGGAGACUCAAAGGACCUACUGGUCAUUUAGCCUCGCAAUUUUAGGGCGUUUCUUUUGUUUUUAAAUAAUUUGUAUUCCAGCCUUGCUUGCUUUACUCAUCUCUUUUGUUGAACUCGAUCUGCUCCUGAAGGACUGGAAACGAUUGUAUUGACAUUUCACAAAAUAUGCGAGUCAGCGGUUAUUCAUUUCCAACAUGGCGGCUUUUGCGGAUCUCAAUGUUCCUUUUCUCGAGGACCCACGUGAGACUGAGAAACUCGUGUCUAAAGCUGUCAAACUCGGAUUUGAGACCAUUGCUAUUUGUAAAAUCCACAGACUCAAGCAUGAGACAGAAAAAGGAAAGAAGAAUAAAAAGAAGGACAGUGGUCAGCUCUCGCCGAUAGAUUGGAAUGUUCUCCCAGCGAUUCAAGACUUGAAGAAGAAAAACCCAAAGCUAAAUUUUUAUUCCAGAAUAACUGUUCUGUUAGACGACCAAAGCCAAGUACAUCAACUUUCCAGCGAAGUAGUGCAAGCUUUCGAUAUUUUAGCUGUGCAACCUAGUACAGAGAAGCUCUACCAGCAAGCUUGUAAGUCUCUAGAAAUCGAUAUUAUUUCUCUGGAGAUGAGCAGACGCCUUCCAUUUUACCUAAAGUUCCCCACAGUUCACGCAGCCGUCGAACGAGGAGUACAUUUCGAGAUCAUUUAUUCUACUGCGUUUAAGGGCACGAAUGAGCGAACACAACUUUUGGCUAUUGCUAUGGACAUGGUCGUGUUUACAAAAGGAAAAAACAUCAUUGUGUCCAGUGGAGCAGAGCACGAGCUGGACCUUCGCGGACCUUAUGAUAUAGUUAAUCUAGGGCUUUUGUUUAAUUUUAAGGAGGAGCAAUCCAAAGCAGCCAUUACUAAGAACUGUAGAGCUGUUCUGUUUCAUGCUCAGGCACGGAAAGGUACAGAAAGAUCUGUUAUUUCAGGUAGAUGUCUACUGCCACAUGUCAAUGAGCAGGCAAAGGAUAUCAUGGAAGCCACAUGCAGUGGAGGAAAACCAAGCAAGGAUGAUGUGAAUGGAAAUGGUAAAAAUGAAGAUGAUGACUAUGAACCCAAAGAUAAGAGAGCAAAAGUUGAAUGAUUAUUUGUCAGAGAUUUCUGUUUCACUAUUAUUGUCAGUGUUCCUUAACACCACCUCUGUAGGCUAAAGGCAGUUGUGCCUAGAGCAGACUGAUCAUGUUUGUUCGCUUAAGCUUGCAUUGUGAAAAUCUAGAACAAGAAAAAUUUUCCAUGGCAAAAGUUCAGAAAUUCUUUAUUUGCACAGGAAUGCUUGCUACACGUGCAAUAUACAGUAUGUCCCCUUCUUUUAUGGUUAUUCAGUGACUGGUUGUAGUACUUGCUGCACCUUUCAAAAACACACACAUGAGUUCAAAACCCAACUAAUAAUUGCAUUUUUCACUGCUGUCUCAAACACAGUUACAGUGACAUUCAAUGAACCUUAGAAAAGAAGAAUUAAAAUCUACCAAUGACAACCCUCAGGAAUGACCUGUUUAACACACUGAAGUGAAUAUCUAAAGUAAAAACCUAAGAUGAUUGACAGCUGUCAGAAAAAGUAACUGUUGAUUGAGAGGAAUUAGCUUAUCAUUGAAAGGUGCUGUAAUGUCUGUCCUUGGCACGUAAGCUUGGGCCUAGACUAGAUACAUGUUUAUAUAUCUAGUUGCUAUUGGGUGAGGGAGUAGGGACUGUGAUUAGAACAACAUUCACUUCACCUUUAACCCUGCGUAUUAUAUAGUGGCUGUUCCUGCAGUAUUGGUGGCAGUCAAAAUUAAGCUGUCUCACCGAAACGGCCUGAUGAUAGUCUUUUCUUUACGGCAAACAAAAAAUAAAGACAGUACUUCAAUUGCUUCGGCCUAUUCUAAUGUUUGACUCAAGAAUUCUGGAUUUUAAUUUGACCAGGAACAGCAUAUUUUGUUCCAGAUGACACAACCAUAAAUCCCUUUAUGUGAAUAUUAAAUGCCAUCGCCAGUGAAUAAAGUUGCCUAACUUCAAUGCCUUUCUUGCUAAUAUGGUAGGCAUUUGACAUCAGGACAGUACAGUUUUUCUGCAUACUAAAUUCUGAUCGGUCAAUUCAAAUUUCAGGUGCACUACCCAUACACAAGGAAUUUCUUACAUAAUUUUUUUAAUCUUUUCUUUUCUUAAGAGCAUGAAGCACAUGUAAAUGUACAUGUACUCACUCUCUUCAAGGCAACAGUUGCAUUACUCUAAAGUGUGCCAUGUGUUUGUGUUGUAUAGUUAGUAACAGGCACAGCAAGGCACUUGCCUGAGCCAUUUUUUUUUUGUUUUUGUCAUUUAUAGUUAGCAAAAACACCCUAAAUACCUUGAGGGAAAAUUAUUAACCAUGGACAUUGCUUCUAUCAUAAUUUUUUCUGGCUACAGCCCUGGUGUACACUCUUACUGGCUACUUUGAAGUCAUGCGGCAUUUAGCAAUUGAGCUGUUUUCUGCCAAAAUUCUCUGAAUGGGCAACAUUGCAAAGUCUGUGAUGUCAGAAGGUAAUAGGGUUACUCAGAAAUGUUGAGGGACAACUGCUGUCACAAAUGACAUGUAUUGACAUGAUCAACAUGUAUGAGUUAUGAAUUGAAAGAAACAGAAACAGGAAUAGUUUAAUGAAGCUGUAAGCAUAUCCAAUCUUGGGGCCACUGAUAUCAACUUCACUGUUAUCUGUUAUAUGUAGUGAUCUUCAUUGCAGGAAGCUCUAUAUUACUCCACAUCAUCGACAUGAUGUCCACAUAAUACAAUAGGGGGUAUAUAAUUGCAGAGUUUAAAUUAAAGGUAUUAACCAUAGAUGUUGUUUGGCUCAAAAGGGACAGAGAGUGCCCCCCACCCCCACCCCCCUCAAAAAAACCUGAUUUGUAUUUGUCUUUUCUGGACAAAUGUCCUUCAAGUUUGCAGCACACUUUCAAUGGUGUAUUUUUUGGAAUGCAAUAUUCAAAAUAGUAUCUGUUAUAUAGUGUAAACCUCUAUUGUGCCUGCAUAUAUUCAGAAACUGUUCUUGGUUGGAGAAGGGGCUUGUUUUCUGUCGGUGACUAUAAUCAACAGCACUCACAGUUCAACUGUGCGAGUGUAGAGUAUAGCUUGAAAGGACCCAAGAUUAGUGCACAUGGUUUAUUCCUGUAGGACCCGUAGGUGAACAUAGACAUAGACAUAGACAUAGACAUACUUUAUUUAACGUGGACAAGUACACGCUUAGCUGUUCGCUAGUUUCCAGGUGCUCCACGAUUUAAAUUAAGUAAUGUACAACAUUAUAAAAGCUUUAAAAAAAA